AUGCGGCCGUCCUUCUCGGCGCCCGCGAAGCUCUGGAUCUCUGCGGGGAGGGCGCGGACCGCGUCGGAAACCGCUCGCCCCCCGACCCCCGCUCCCGCCGCCCCAGCCGCCGGGGCAGGGCCUCCCGUCCUUAAGAGGGAUGCUCGUCCUGCCCACCACGGACUCUGAGCCCCUCGGACCUGACCGGCAGCACAGUAGGGCCCAGGCCCUGCCAUCGCCACAUGUCUGCGCCCACCCAGGCAGCUCUACACCCCACACUCAGGACAACCCGCCAUGUCCUGGUCCCCCAGCCCCUUCGCGGGCAUGGGGGGUGAGGGGCCAGGCUCCGGGACUCCCUCCUCCCGUGGCCUUGCACAGCCGCUCACUGACUGCAGCCCCAUCCUCCAGAAAGCUGUUUGCCCCCGGGCACAUGUUGGUUCAGCAGGUGCCAGGACCCUGGGGUCUGUGUCCACAGGGACCAGGGCAGCCGUGCCCCAGGGGAGCAGGAAGAGUUGUGUGUGUGAACACGGGCACUUCCCGAGGCCGGCGAGCCCACCAGCAGGGUGCUUGGGCAGAGAGAGGGGCAGGACACACGUGUCCCCGAACACGGGGAAUGCAGACCAGAAGACAGGCAGCCAGGGCAGCUGCUGGAGGACCCGCUCCCUCUGAGGUCAGACUCCCCCGAGCACGCCCCUGCCCAGCCAGGGAGGAGAGCGCUGCUGCCCAGGCAGUCUGCGUCCGUCCCCACAGCAGGGCGCACGGCCCUGUGGGCAGAGAAGGACCUGUGCCGUCCUUCAGUCCCUGGCACAGCUGGGAGCCCUCCAAGGCCCGGCCCCUCAGAGCCCCGGCGCCUGUGCCUCCCCUGGUUCCCUCGCACACCGACCCUGCGGGAGGAGCCCUGGGCCCUCCUGCAGAUGGAGGAGCUGAGGCUAGGGGGCACGCUGCUUUCCCACGUGGGAGAAGUAAGUCUUUUCUGUCAAACCAAAGUGACUCCGUUUUCGAUGGUAGCUUCCUUGUCUUGCAAGAAGUUCCACUUUUAAGUGAGUUACAGGAUUCUGAGAUCUGCUGCCCCGUCCCAACGCCACAAACAGCUGCUGCCCAUUGCUGCCCCUGGUUUCUUCUGUGAGCUCUGCCACGUCAAGUCAGCCAUCAGAAAUCUCCACUCAUUCUGCUUAGACAGCCGCGAAGUGGAAGGCAAGCCUGAGCCAAUGGGGCAAAAGGCCAGGACCUCCCGCCACACCCACACCGCCCCUCAGAUAGACCAGGAGGCCGCCCGUGGCACCUGCUCCUCUGUUGACAGCCGGCCACGCACCCUUCUGCAGAAGUAAAUGUUCUUGCUGAGACACCUUGUGUCUGUGUCUUGUUCAACACCCAGUCACUGAAAACAUCUUUCUUAGAACUGAAUCCGCACACUGCAACACUCACCCUUUUUAUUUAUUUGAAAGUCAAAGUUACACAGAGAGGAGAGGCAGAGAGAGAGAGAAACAGACAGAGAGACAGAGAGAGGUCUUCCAUCCGCUGAUUUACCCCCCUAAAUGGCCACAACGGCCAGAGCUGCGCCAAUCCAAAGCCAGGAGCCAGGAGCUUCUUCCUGGUCUCCCACGCGGGUGCAGGGGCCCAAGGACUUGGGCCAUCUUCUACUGCUUUCCCAGGCCACAGCAGAGAGCUGGACUGGAAGAGGAGCAGCCGAGACUAGAACCGGCGCCCAUAUGGGAUGCCAGCGCCGCCUACUGCGCCACGUUGCCAGCCCCGAGCCCCGUAUUUUUGUCCAUGUUCUGUGGUUUCAGCCUUUUCAGAUCUCAGGUCUUUGACCCAUUUGGAGCUCAUUUUUGUCUGUGGUGUAAAGAAAGGGACCCAAUGUCAUCUCUCUUUUUUUUAAGAUUUAUUUUAUUUUUUGAAAGACAGUUACAGAGAGAGGGAGAAACAGAGAAAGAGAGAGGUCUUCCAUCUGCUGGUUCAUUCCCCAAACAACGGCUGGAGCUGGGCCGAUCCCAAGCCAGGAGCCAGGAGCUUCUUCCUGGUCUCCCACGUGGCUGCAGGGGCCCAAGGACUUGGGCCAUCUUCCACUGCUUUCCCAGGCCAUAGCAGAGAGCUGGCUCAGAAGGGGAGCAGCAAAGACUUCGGUGCCCUAAAUGGGAUGCCAGCACUGCAGGCUGGGGCUUUAACCCACUGCCCCACAACACCAGCCCCAACAUCAUUUUAUGUGGGUAUCCCCUUGUCCCAGCACCACUGGUCGAAGACUUCUUUUGCAACCGAAUUACUUGGCACUGUUUCUGCACUCAGCUCUGUUCCACCGACCUGUGUGUCUCCUUGCAACAGUGCCACAUCUGGGUUGCUGGAGUGCUGUUUGCUUCACGGUAGAUUUGAAACAGGGCUGGGUCUUCUCAUUUUGUUCUUUUCUUGACCUAUUUGUUCUCUGCUUGACCUAUUCUGGGUCCCCAUAUUUCCGUAUGAAUUCAAGAUUCACCUUCUCAAUUUUUUUUUUUUUUGACCAGGCAGAGAUAGACAGUGAGAGAGAGACACACAGAGAGUUAUAGACAGUGAGAGAGAGACAGAAAGAUCUUCCUUCCAUUGGUUCACCCCGCCAAUGGCCGCUACAGCCAGCGCUGUGCCGAUCCAAAGCCAGGAGCCAGGUGCUUCUCCUGGUCUCCCAUGCGGGAGCAGGGACCCAAGCACUUGGGCCAUCCUCCACUGCCUUCCCAUGCCACAGCAGAGAGCUGGACUGGAAGAGGAACAACCAGAACUAGUACCCAGCGCCCCAACCAGGACUAGAACCCGGGGUGCCGGCGCCGCAGGCGGAGGAUUAGCCAAGUGAGCCACGGCGCCGGCCCCACCUUCUCAAUUUCUGCUAAGAUUCUAGCUGGGAUUUUCAUAGGUGUUGCAAUGAAUCCAUAAUUCAAUGUAAUCUCUACAAAAAAUUAGAAACUAUUAAAAA